AAAAUGAAUUAACUUCAUUCAUUCAUCUCGCGAAUUUUAACCAAGUUUGCCUGUAGCUCACUGUGUUUCUAUUCUGUCUCUUCAUGUCUUUUUAAAUCGAUCUGCAUUUUAAAAUGUUUGUCUGUUCCUCAUGGAGUAUUGAAGUGACACUAAAUUUUUACUGAUUUUUUCUGUCUUGUCAAUGACAUUUAUUCUAAUGUUUCGUGUCAAUUUUCGGUAUAGGCUUAGUUAGUUAUGAGGUAAUGUUUUCUCAAUUACACAUUCUGUCAUGGCUAAACGGAUUCAUGUGUGUAUACUUUUGAAAAAGUGACAUUCAUAUCAUACCAGAAGAAUGGGGGGUUGCACAUCUCUGAAUCUUUAUCUUCUUGCUGCUCUAUUUCUGACCAAAUUUUGCACCAGAGUAGAAUGCACAAGUUCUUCUGUAGUUAUCACCCAAGAAGAGCGUCUGGAAUUACGGGACGAAGCACGUGAUAUGUUUUAUCACGCUUAUAAUGCAUACAUGGAAAAUGCCUAUCCUGCUGAUGAGCUUAUGCCUUUGAGUUGUAAAGGCAGAUGGCGAGGCAAGGAAACAUCAAGGGGUGACAUAGACGAUACUCUGGGAAACUUCUCUCUUACUCUUAUUGACACAUUGGAUACAUUGGUGGUCCUGGGGGAUGUUGAUGAAUUUGAAAGAGCUGUUAAGCUUGUAAUAAAAGAUGUCUCUUUUGACAGUGAUGUCAUAGUGUCAGUCUUUGAAACCAACAUCAGGGUUCUUGGUGGAUUACUAUCUGGGCACAUUCUGGCUGAAUAUUUACAAUUGAAUUUGAAUGUAAUGCGAUGGUAUCGAGGAGAACUUUUACAAAUGGCAAAAGAUGUUGGAUUUCGAUUACUACCUGCCUUCAACACUUCUACUGGAAUUCCUCAUGCAAGGGUAAACCUACGUCACGGGUUGAAAGUGCAUGGUUUAGAAUCAUCACGUGAAACAUGCACUGCUUGUGCUGGCACCAUGGUAUUAGAAAUGGCUGCUCUGUCUAGGUUAAGUGGCGAGCCUAUUUUUGAGGAAAAAGCUCAUCGUGCGAUGGAUGAACUGUGGAGACUACGUCACCGUAGCUCAGAUUUAAUGGGCACAGUGUUAAAUAUUCAUUCGGGAGACUGGGUUCGAAGAGAUUCUGGAGUAGGAGCUGGUAUUGAUUCUUAUUAUGAGUACUGUCUCAAGGCAUACAUUCUAUUAGGAGAUGACCGUUACCUUGGACGUUUUAACAAACAUUAUUCUGCUGUAAUGAGAUACAUUAGCCAAGGUCCGAUGCUUCUAGAUGUUCACAUGCAUCGGCCACAUUCAAAUUCCCGAAACUUCAUGGAUGCUCUUUUAGCAUUUUGGCCUGGCUUGCAGGUUCUUAAGGGUGACAUCAAGCCGGCUGUGGAGACCCAUGAAAUGCUUUAUCAAGUUAUGCAAAGGCAUAAUUUUCUUCCCGAGGCAUUUACUACAGAUUUUCAGGUUCAUUGGGGUCAACACCCAUUAAGACCAGAAUUUUUAGAAUCAACGUACUUCCUUUACAAAGCAACUGGUGAUCCUUACUACCUGGAGGUAGGGCGCAAAGUUUUGAAAAGUUUGCAAAAGUAUGCAAGAGUCUCAUGUGGUUAUGCAGCUGUAAAGGAUGUUCGGACUAAUGUUCAUGAAGAUAGGAUGGAUUCAUUUGUUCUUGCUGAGACUUUCAAAUACCUUUAUCUAUUAUUUUCGGAUCCAAGUGAUUUAGUUUUGGACCUAGACCAGUUCCUCUUCACAACUGAAGCUCACCUACUGCCACUUACUCUUGCACGCUCAACAAAUGCUUCUCUCUUAAAUCUAGCAAAUUCUAUUGAAAUAAAUGGAGCCGACCUGUCCGGAGAUGAAAUGCCAGACGCAAGAACUUGUCCCAACACACAACAUCUAUUUCCUGAGAAAGUUCGUCGCCCUCUUCGUAAUCUAGUUGAUGGUGUUUGCCCUCGGAAAGAAUUGAAGCGCAGGAUUAAGGCUGUAGAUUUCCAGAUGGGGAACUCUGAUCAUAUGAAGUUAUUGAAAGAGAUGGGCAUAAGUAUUAUGUCUUUGGACGAUGGGCGAGUCCAACUCGUACAUGCUUUUGGAAAUGCUGCUUCUUCAACUGAUGCUGAAGAAGGAUUGUUAUUCAUGCAAGAAAUGGUGGAAUUGUCCAAGACUUACACUCCACAAAUGGAAACAAUGCAACAGGCAGUCAGUUUUACCAAUAUUGUUACCAAUAAAUUAACUGUGAUUCCGGCUGGUCCCGCUCACUUUGGAAAAAUCCUCCGACUACCAGCUGACAAAAUAACAGCAAAACUAAGUGUCGCUCUGCCUAUCAGAGGUUGUCAAACUAUGAACUGGCCAGAUGCAAUCAAAGGUCGUAUUGUAAUUCUUGAACGAGGUGACUGCAUGUUUGUGGAAAAGGCCAGACGUAUCCAAAGAGCUGGCGCGGUUGCUGGUAUUGUGAUUGAUCACACUGUUGGAACAUCCGUCACAAAAUCCACAAUGUUUGCUAUGUCAGGGGAUGGAGUAGAUGAUGUUAAAAUUCCCAUGGCAUUUUUAUUCUAUGAUGAUGCUGUACGGUUGCUAGAAGCAGUACGUUCAAAUCCAGACAUGGACAUCACAUUAAGUAGUUUUGUCGCCCUUGACGAAGUUACAAAGGGCAUGGUGAAAGAAAAAGAUGUCACCUUGGAACCUCCCUCUAAAAAUUCUGCAUUAGAUAAAAUAAAGGAAUCAAUUAUCAAAUUCAUCAACACUCCAAUUCAACAGAAGUCCAGAGGGCUGGAAAGUAAGCCUGCACUCCAGCCACCUCAAGCAUUCCCCGAGGCACGUAGUGGUGAUUCCAAAAUUCCGCAUCUAAAUGAGCUUCUGCUGAGCAUUGUCCUUCAAAGAGGCAGUGAGGUUCUGAAGAAUGUGUUGCCAAGUGAUCUGCAAAUUCCUGAUGAGUUGUUAUUUAAGGUAAAAGACAAAAUACCCAUGCCAGAAAUUAAGUUAUACACUGCUCUGGCUCAUCAGGGUCUUUUCACAUUAAAUGAUCACUCCCUUCUGGACCUUCAUUUCUUUAUCAAUACCAACCGCUAUGACAAGACUAGUACUUCCAAACAAGAUCCUGCUCCACACUUGGGUAGUGCUACACCAGUAGCCUUCCAUCCAAUUACUAUGGAGGAAAAGCCAGGAGUAGAAGAGGAGUGUGCUGACUGUGAUGUGAUUAAAAAUCAAGAUAAAGGGCAUAUUCUUAGAGAGAAUUAUCCUUCUCUCAUUUCAUUACCACCUAGGCAUGAAUCCAAAGAAGGUGAACAAAGAACUACAAUAGAAAAGCUCAGGUUCCCUGAUGAAUUGUGAUUUUUUUUUUAGGUUGGGAGGGGGUGGGGGGAAUAAAUUUGUACAUGCAAUGUAUGGAUCUAUAAAAUUAAAUUAUAUAUGGUGUUUAUUGGACUGUUGCUCAAAUGUUUUAUCUUUAUCAGGUUUAUCUUUAAAUCAAAUUCAAAAAUAAACAUGCUGUUGCUGCUUGAUGUGCCACUCUGUACAACAUUUAGGGUCCCUUGAUAUGCCCAUUUGCUGUGGGCAAAAUUGUAUUAACAGGGUAAGAGUAAAGAUUUUUUUAUUUGUUAUUCAAAUAAUUUAUUACAUUAUUGAAGGCUCAGUUGCUUACAUGUUUUGUGACUCUUUGUUGGUUUAUUUUGUAGUUUUGCUCGUAUUCAUGUUUUAGUUGUAGUUCUGAGAAGACUUCAGUCAGCUGUGGUUAGCCAAUGUUCACCAUUGCACGACAUGUCGAUGAUAUUAGUGUAUAUAUUUGACAAACAAAAAUUAAGAUUCAUUCCAUUUAUUUUUAUUUUUUUAAAAAAUAGGCAUCAGGGUUGAUAGAUUUCCCAGUUGAUUAAGGCAAGUGUUAAUUUAUUUUUAACCUAGCCUUUUCUUCUCUUGAGCUUAACUGCUUCUGAUCACUUGUGUGGUCUAGCAUUGCAAUGAACGCAGAAUUUUGAUGUUGAAGAGCCAUUAAAGCAUUUGCAUCUGUAAAUACUGUAAUUUAAAAAAAAAUGUGUGUACAUAUCUAGAUGAUUUUCUUAAUAUGUAUGUGAGAGUAAAUGGUUCUAAUUGAGCCUGACUGAUUGUCUUUGCCUAUGUAGAUGCAAUUGUAUCUAGUCUUUAAAUGUACUGUAAUAUUGUAUCCAUCAUUAUCCCAUGAUUCGAUCCUCAUUUAAUUAAAAAUUAUGGCUGCUGGCCCAUAAGGAUCAGGCUAAGUAAUAUUUUACACUGCCUUGCUACAGAGUUCUCAGUGGAAUCUCCUCUGCUGUGCAUUUUUCAGCUGCUACUAGAACUGUACUUUGUAAAAAAAUAAAGUAGUACAAACUAGUUCAAUUUAUGUAUUAUGAGGUACAAAGCAAUCAGGUUGGAAGACCUACUUGUGUCUUAGGUUGGAUAAUACUGUUUCACAGCACUGAAUUCCGUUGUGAAUGUAGUAUCUGCAAAACUUAUUUUCUGUACUUUGGUAUCAACCAUUUGACUCAGCUGACCAUUGUUUCUUGUACAGCAGCAGUCUAAAGUGUGAUACUGUGUAAAAGAUGAAAAAUAAAACAGUGAUAUUUUGAA